AAAUUAAUUAAUGGUUUAAUUACUUUUCCGAAUAAUAUACUGUCUAAAUUUUGUCUUAUUGUCGAACAAUUAACAAAAACGGCGUCGGUUAACCGCUUGAUGAAGGAUGUGACUUCUUAACGUGCGUUCAUUCGAUUCGCCGGAAGCACGCCGACUAUGUCCGAAAUGAGACACGUGUCAGUCAACUAUUGGCGCCGUCAUGGUUCCAAGAACACCAACCGAAGACGAAGACGAAACCGCGACACGGCCUCUCUCGCUCGGAGGAGACGGGAUUUGAAAUGAUAAGGCAGAAUUCGGUGAUUGAAGAACAUAAAUUUAAUUGGGUCCCUCCCGAAUCCCGACCCCAAUCGCUAUUUUUCGCUUUUUGGGCGCCUCAGGUUCGUAUUCCUCAUCAAUUAUCCACAACAGAUGGCACUUGGUUGAUGCAGAGAGAGACUGCGAGAGCUGUGUCUUUAGCCCCUUCUUUUUCCAGCUUAGUGGGCAACUGGGCAUCCCUCUUUUUGGGUACUUUUUUUGAUGAAUACCAUCGUGAAUCGUGAUCAUCACUUGAAUUGGGAAGUGGAGAACAUGGCCAGCACUGUGAAAGAGGGCUCAAACGAGGACCUUCUGUUCUUGGAACUGCCUGCUCCUCCUGGUUGGAAGAAAAAGUUUUUGCCCAAGUUAGAUGGAAUCACUAAGAAAAAGGAAAUCAUCUUCCUAGCUCCUACAGGGGAGGAGAUUAAUGGCAAAAGGCAGCUGCAUCAGUACCUGAAAUCACACCCUGGUAAUCCAGCAUCUUCUGAGUUUGAUUGGGGUACUGGUGAGACACCUAGAAAAUCAGCUAGGAUUAGUGAGAGGGUGAAGGCAGCUCCCUUGCCUCGAAUUGAAUGGCCUAAGAAACGAACUCGAAAACUGGCUGUUUCGAAAAAAGAUGAUAAAGAAGCAGAUGUUGUCCUAGAUGGUUCUGAGGAGGCAAGAGCAGUUCAUAAGCAAGAUGCUGAUAAAUAUGAGAGCGGUGUUACUGAUGGGAAGGGAAAUCAAGAAAAUAGAACACUGCAAGAUGAGGAUGUGGAAACUGCCCCAGCCCCUGCCCCGGUCUUGGCCUCCUCUGAACCUGCUGAAGAGGGGCAACAACUUGAUGGUGAGGAAUGCGAGAAUCCUGCUGAAAUAGAGUGGGGAAGCGCAGAAGGGAACAAGGAAACUGAAGGUUCUGAAGAUGCAACAAAGGGAAGUCGAAAUUUAGAUGGAACAAAAGGGGAAGAAAAGGUGCAACUUCAAGAUGAUGCAAAGGAAACCAUUGAAUCAGAGGACAAGGAAUCCAUUUUGGGGGAAAAAGAGUUUGAGAAUGCAAAGCAAGCGACCAGUCCAGGCGAUAAGGCAGCGAUUUGCAAAGAAACAAUGGUGUCGGUCGAAGUGCAAGUAAACGAACCAAACGAAUUCAACCCGAGUUCUACAAAAUCAGGAGAAAUCAAGAUGGAAGAAGCAGCAAAAGGGACCAAAGAGGAACAUAAUAAAGAGGUUGACAGUUGACAGAAUUGAGUGACUUUACAUUUCUAGUUCUAACUGUUUCAAAUAUGUAAGAUGUCCUGUGUUCGAACGUCGUUUAUUCGAUUCGAUUCAUAUGCCGAGACAUUCAUGUAUUGAUAUUUUUAGAUUAGUUAUUUGUACAUACCAUCUUUGUAUAAAAAUAUUACAUAGCACUUAGCAGUACAGUGCAGCUAAGGUAUAAUGCAGUCUUGUGAUGAUUUAUUGAAGUACUUAACUUGGGAAA